AUGUUGAGAGUUCAGGAUGGCGGGGAUAUCAAAAGCAGCUUCGUGGAAUCCCGUGACUCAGGCUCAGGUGGGAGCAGUAUUGGCCCAGGCUCAGUCGAUAUCGAUCAUUGGGUUUCAGACACUUCCAAUUCUGGCAACUCUGCCACCACACAGACAUACACGGGAAGACAAAAAUGGCAUCCGAUCAUGUCAGAUAUCUCACCGAUUUCGAAUGAUGAGCCAAAUAGUAUCUUCACAACAGAUCAAUUUAGGCCCACAAGCGUCAGCUACAUGUAUCUAAUCCCAACAUGCCUUGAUCUGUUUCUUGAAUUCAUUUACCCCAUUAUGCCUCUGGUGCAUAUGCCCACUUUACGAGCUUCAAUCGAUCGAUCAUUGGAGAUCCACGAGAAGAAUCUUCUUUACUCGCUAUGUGCUAUCACUUCAACACACAUGUCGGGUAAAAGCCUACUAGCUCCAGGACCUCCUUCCUGGGAAAUAGUUGGACGUUUCUUCCUUGAUGAAUGUAUCAUGGCUCGACAAGCUUAUGACUUCGUUGAAGAUAGAUCACUGUCUGCUGUUAUUUCUUCCUAUUUCGUAUCAACGGCAUUCUUUGAGCUAAACCAGUCGAGGAAGUCUUGGUAUUAUUUGAGAGAAGCAAUAACGAUGGCGCAGGAUAUAGGCUUACACGAAGAGUAUAAAUAUUCUGGUCUUCAUCCGGCCGAGGAAUUAUGUCGUAGAAGAACAUUUUGGAUAUUAUAUGUUACGGAAAGGUCUUUCGCUAUUCUACGUCACAAGCCUCUUACUUUCUCGAAAACGCCAGCUCUGCCAUCCACUCUACACGAAUAUGAAGCCCCAGAAAUCCAUGCUGGGUUUAUGCACUUGGUACAAUCUUACCAUCUAUUAGAUUCUAAUUUCGUUGAUUCUUGGAAUGAAGCUUCCAAUGCACCAGUUUCGACCAUUACAUACACUGCGCUUCAACAGCAACUGAAUUUACCUCACCCAUCUCACUUGUCUCUUACUGUCAUACAGAAAGCUGAUAUACUCGUUACUCAACAAUGGCUGCGUCUAAUUGUUUGGCAAUCUUCAAUGCGUCAAGGCCUCCUUUCUUCCAUCGCAGCCGACGAAAGCAUGACGUUCCGAUACCCUCUGAAGAUCGCCCACUCGAUCUUGAGCGUUAUAUCUUCACUGCCCAUCGCAAGUAUAGAAGUCCAUGGAAUGGGCAUUUUUGAGAAGAUUUUCGAGAUCGGGAACUCGAUGGUAGAUGUUAUGCAAGCUUAUGGGUCACAGAUUCUCCACGAAGUGUAUGGCAUCUGUCAAGAUCCAUUUGAUAUGUUUGUGAGGACACUGAGCCAGACGCCAAAUUCUCAGAGACAGUAUGCGAAUCUUUUACUUGCAAAAGUGGCAGAAAAGCCGGAAAUUCAGAGAUUCUCUCACACCUUGACAAAAGGACUAUCUAUUCAUACCAUGCUAGGUACAGAUGGAUUGAAUGUGAAUACAGUACCUCGUUUGGGCGAACGACAGUGGAGAGGAAGUAUUGUGGGCGAAAUCAAAGACGGGGAAGAUGCGGUGCAUAAGGCAGAAGAAGAAGGGUAUGGACAGAUCAAUAAUAACCCGAUGAACGUUAUGGUCAUGGUCACUCAGCCCAGUGAUAUUGAGCUCAGAGCAAGCGAAGCAUUAAUUCUGCAGACGUCCUAG